CAAAUGUUUAAAUUACUUACAAACUGACCACACCUCCUUAGAAGUCAGGCUAGGCUAUUCAAUCAACGUUGAAGCACCGGUUGAACGUUUUUACAUUGAUAGAAAACAGCAUAUAAUACCGACUAUUAAAUUAACCCUCUUUAGAUUUAUAAGUAUGAUAUUACGUUUCACCUGAGCUCGUGACACUCCUUGCGUAGCCCCAAGCUUUCCGUGUAAGGUGGAUUUCUCAAUCAGGAAGUAAUAUCAAGUUAAAAUGGGGAGUAAGGAGCGCUACCACUGGCAGACCCAGAAUGUUAAGAUCAGCGGGGUGGACGACAUGGUCCUGCUCUCCAAGAUCAACGAGGAUGCCAUCACUGACAACCUCAAGAAGAGAUACAUGGACGACUACAUCUUUACCUACAUAGGGUCUGUGCUGAUCUCUGUCAACCCCUUUAAACAGCUGCCCUACUUCACCGACAGAGAGGUGGAUCUCUACCAGGGAGCUGCCCAGUAUGAGAACCCCCCUCACAUCUAUGCCCUGGCUGACAACAUGUACCGCAACAUGAUGAUCGACUGUGAGAACCAGUGUGUCAUCAUCAGUGGGGAGAGUGGAGCAGGAAAGACUGUAGCAGCUAAAUACAUAAUGGGUUACAUCUCCAAGGUGUCGGGCGGAGGUCCCAAAGUCCAGCACGUAAAAGACAUCAUCCUCCAAUCCAACCCUCUCCUGGAGGCCUUUGGGAAUGCCAAGACUGUGCGCAACAAUAACUCUAGUCGCUUUGGGAAGUACUUUGAGAUCCAGUUCAGCCGUGGAGGAGAACCAGACGGAGGGAAGAUCUCCAACUUCCUGUUGGAGAAGUCCAGGGUGGUGUCACAGAACCAGGGAGAGAGGAACUUCCACAUCUACUACCAGCUCCUGGGGGGCGCCACUAAAGAGAUGAGGGAGAACCUUGGUGUCACCACACCUGACUACUACCUCUACCUGAAUCAGUCUGGCACCUACACCGUGGAGGAUGUCAACGAUAAGAAGGAAUUCUCUGACACCAUGGAGGCCAUGUCAGUGGUGGGCCUGUCUGUAGAUGAUCAGGACAUGGUGAUGCAGAUCGUAGCAGGCAUCCUGCAUCUGGGUAACAUCGCCUUCAGAGAGGAGGGAAACUACGCUGUGGUGGAGAGUGAGGACUUCCUGGCGUUCCCGGCCUACCUGUUGGGAAUCUCCCAGGAGGGUCUGAAAAACAAGCUGACCAGCCGGAUCAUGGACAGCAAGUGGGGAGGCAAGACGGAGAGCAUCGCUGUCACUCUGAACACAGAGCAGGCCUCCUUCACACGGGACGCCCUCUCCAAAGCCCUCUACUCACGCCUGUUUGACUUUCUGGUGGAUUCGAUCAACAAAGCCAUACAGAAAGACCACGAGGAAUUCAACAUCGGGGUUCUGGACAUCUAUGGCUUUGAAAUCUUCCAGAAAAACGGCUUUGAGCAGUUCUGCAUCAACUUUGUGAAUGAGAAGCUGCAGCAGAUUUUCAUUGAGCUCACGUUAAAAGCUGAGCAGGAGGAGUAUGUGCAGGAAGGGAUCAAGUGGACGCCGAUCGAGUACUUUAACAACAAAAUCGUGUGUGACCUCAUUGAAUCCAAACUGAACCCCCCAGGCAUCAUGAGUAUCUUGGACGAUGUGUGUGCCACCAUGCAUGCUAAGGGGGAGGGCGCAGACCAGACCCUGAUCCAGAAGCUACAAGCGGGAAUCAGCUCCCAUGAGCACUUCAACAGCUGGAAUAAAGGCUUCAUAGUGCACCACUACGCUGGCAAGGUGUCCUAUGAUGUCAGUGGCUUCUGUGAGAGGAACAGAGAUGUGCUCUUCAACGACAUCAUUGAGCUGAUGCAGAGCAGUGAAUUUGCCUUCAUAAAAUCCCUUUUCCCAGAAAACCUAGAGGCAGAGAAAAAGGGCCGUCCUACCACCGCCAGUAGCAAGAUCAAGAAACAAGCCAACAACCUGGUCCAGACCCUGAUGAAGUGCACCCCCCACUACAUCCGCUGUAUCAAGCCCAACGAGACCAAGAAGCCUCGGGACUGGGAGGACACUCGGGCCAAACACCAGGUGGAGUACCUGGGCCUGCGGGAGAACAUUCGUGUGCGCCGCGCCGGGUACGCAUUCCGCCGAGCCUUCGCCAAGUUCCUGCAGAGGUACGCCAUCCUGACCAGGGAGACAUGGCCCCGGUGGACAGGGGAGGAGAGGAAGGGGGUUCUGCACCUCCUCCACUCUGUCAACAUGGACCAGGACCAGUACCAGCUGGGAAAGACUAAGAUCUUCAUCAAGGCCCCAGAAUCAUUGUUCUUGCUGGAGGAGAUGAGGGAAAGGAAAUAUAACGGAUAUGCUCGGGCCAUCCAGAAGGCCUGGCGCAAACACAUCGCCGUCCGCAAGUACGUCAAGAUGAGAGAGGAAGGUAAGGUAUGGUUUCUCUCUGUGGGAAUCAGCUUUUUGUCAUGUACGGUCAGUACUGCAUAAUAGUGCACUAUAUCUACUGUAUAUGUUAAGCCCUGUAUCCUGUCAGUUCAGUACUGCAUAAUAGUGCACUAUAUCUACUGUAUAUGUUAAGCCCUGUAUCCUGUCAGUUCAGUACUGCAUAAUAGUGCACUAUAUCUACUGUAUAUGUUAAGCCCUGUAUCCUGUCAGUUCAGUACUGCAUAAUAGUGCACUAUAUCUACUGUAUAUGUUAAGCCCUGUAUCCUGUCAGUUCAGUACUGCAUAAUAGUGCACUAUAUCUACUGUAUAUGUUAAGCCCUGUAUCCUGUCAGUUCAGUACUGCAUAAUAGUGCACUAUAUCUACUGUAUAUGUUAAGCCCUGUAUCCUGUCAGUUCAGUACUGCAUAAUAG